UUUUUCUCAGCCAUUUUUUGUGAUUGCGUUCUUCCUCAGAGAAGGGUCGAAAAGGAGUAGCAACUAUACACGGUGUAGAGCAGUAGGUUCACAGCUGCUCUGAGACUUUGUUUCGUUCCGCCCAUAACACGCCCAUCUUCUCACAAUAAAUAGUGCCAGUCAGACCGAGUUGGCCGCUCCUCUCUCCCCGCUGUUACCUGCUGCCAGGACCGAGGUGCCCGCCCUACCCUGCCCGGUGUUAGCCGACAAUGGAGACAGAAAUUGAGCAACAAGAAGAAGAGACCUCGUUCAGUAACACAGAGACAAACGGUAAGCGUCCCGCAGAGGACACGGAUGAAGAGCAGUCCUUUAAGCGCUCCAGGAACACAGACGACAUGGUGGAGCUCCGCAUACUCCUGCAGAGCAAAAAUGCAGGAGCAGUGAUUGGGAAGGGUGGUAAAAACAUCAAAUCCCUGCGCACAGACUUCAAUGCCAGUGUGUCAGUCCCAGACAGCAGUGGGCCUGAGCGCAUUCUGAGCAUCAGUGCGGAAAUCGAGACAGUGGGAGAGAUCCUGCUCAAGAUCAUCCCUACACUGGAAGAGUACCAACAGUACAAUGGGAUGGACUUUGACUGUGAGCUGAGGCUACUAAUCCACCAGAGCCUGGCAGGUAGCAUCAUUGGUGUGAAGGGAGCCAAGAUCAAAGAGCUGCGAGAGAACACCCAGACCAGCAUCAAGCUGUUCCAGGAAUGCUGUCCCCAGUCCACGGACCGUGUGGUUCUAGUCGGCGGCAAGUCUGAGCGCGUCGUUGAGUGCAUCAAGAUCAUGCUGGAGCUCAUCGCUGAGGCUCCCAUAAAAGGGCGCGCCCAGCCCUAUGACCCCAACUUCUACGACGAGACGUACGACUACGGCGGCUUCACCAUGAUGUUUGAGGAGCGUGGGGGUGGUGGCGGCCGGCGCCCAAUGGGGGGCUUCCACAUGCGAGGGGGACGAGGUGGCGGAGGUUAUGACCGAGGGCCCUCUGGACGAGGGGGUCGAGGGGGGCCCAUGCCCCCCGCCCGCAGGGACUACGAGGAGAUGAGCCCCCGCCGCGGACCCCCACCACCCCACCCAGUGAGAGGGGGGAGGGGAGUGAGCCGUGGCCGCAACCUGGCCCCACCACACAGAGGAGGAGGAGAUGACCAGUACUCCUAUGACUCCUAUCGGGGCAGUGCAGAUGCCAGACCCAACAGUGACAGAAGAGGGAGACCAGGAGAUCGCUAUGGCGAUAACAUGGGUGGGGGUGGAUAUGAUAACAACUCAUCCUGGGACUCCUAUCAGUCUGGUGGACGCAGUUCCUAUAACGAUAUGGGAGGGCCAGUCAUCACCACACAAGUGACGAUCCCCAAAGAUCUGGCCGGCUCCAUCAUCGGUAAGGGAGGUCAGAGGAUCAAGCAGAUCCGGCAUGAGUCUGGUGCCUCCAUUAAGAUCGAUGAGCCACUGGAGGGUUCCGAGGACCGCAUCAUCACCAUUAGCGGCACCCAGGACCAGAUCCAAAACGCUCAGUACCUAUUGCAGAAUAGCGCACUGCACCUGCUCGGACACCAGGACUAACCCUCGCCUCCGACAAGGCCCGCAUCACGUGCUCGUUCCCUGUCUCUGACUCCAUCAUCCCCCUCUCCCACCCCCAACCCCUCUAUAUGUCUUUAUUGACUCCUGUGAAUUCUGUUUUUAUUCUCUUUCUUUUUACUCUUUCAGUGUGAAUCAGUACUCUGGUCAGUUCCUCUAAACCAGGAGACUCAGAUUGAAGCAAAUCCCUCCCAUCCCCCAUCUUAUUGUCCCGGUUUGUGGGCAUUUUGUUUAUUUUGUAUUUUAAGGUCCAACAUUCCUGUGCUAAAUGUAGACGUUCUGCAUUUUUGUGUGUAGUUCUCUACUCCAUCUCUUGUUUUUUUAUUUUAAAUAAAUACACACAUUUGUCAAAAUAUUUGGAGUCUCCUGACAGACAAGUGAACAUUAUCUUUAUUUUUAGAUGGGUUGAUUUCUAUGGUGUGUUUGUCAGUAUAGUAAGCCUGUCCCGUGUGUGUGUGUGUGUGUGUGUUCUCUUUCUGUCGGUAUUGGAGUUUCUCACACACUCAUUACCACCACUCAGUGCAACGUGCAGAAUGUACGCUUUUUUUGUAAGGAACAUUUUUAUGAUUUAAAACAAAUAAAUGUAGGAAAUUGUA